AUGUCUCUUACCCGCGUCGUAUUGGUUCUCGUUCAGGCAUUUUGCAACGGACUUGCAUGUACACCUCCUAACCCAACUUCGCCCAAACAACGGUAUCACACUGAGGAGAUGUACAUUCUCCAAAUAGCGCCUCUCAUUUUCAAGUGUCACCAAAUAAUCUGCUGGGGCUGCGCACUGUUUGAAGUGCUGCACUACCUCGCGGCCUUCUUCCAAUUACCAACCGUCCUCCCCGCGGCGUCUUCACUGGUCUGCCUAGCACCACAGGCCAACAUCCGGUUAACGCCUAUGUUCAUCAUCGGCGUGCUAUCCGUCGUUCUAGGAUGCUACAUCCGUCUCGACUGUUUCAAAACCCUCGGCAACAUGUUUACCUUCGACCUCACCGUCCACCCAGAACAUCGCCUCGUCACCAACCGCUUCUACUCGUACGUCCGCCACCCAGCGUACACCGGAUCCAUGAUGUUGGUCAUCGGCUUGGCGUUCUCGCAUCUCACUAGGGGAAGCUGGUUGACAGAGUGUGGCCCCUUGAGGAAUAGGGCCGCGGCGAUUGUGGUUUGGGCGGUGUGGUGGUUGUGGACGUUCUGUGUGGGGAUCAGCAGGGCUGACGCUGAGGACAAGCAGAUGAGGAAGCUAUUCGAGGAUGAGUGGACGGCGUAUGCACAGGCGGUGCCCUGGUGGUUCUUCCCUGGACUGGUCUGA